UAGACUAUUUACCACUUUCUUGUUUUGCAGUUUGAUUUGUUGUUAAAUAAUAUGCCUAAAUAAUAAUAAAAAUGUCUGAGGAUAUGUCAAAUUCUAAAGAACAAAUAAUAUUCAAACCUAAAAUUCGCAAACAAUUUAGAAAACGUCUUAAACAGGAAGACAGUGAUGAAGAUGAGACUGAAGUUAUAGCAAAACUACAAGAAAUGAAAGAAGUUCAGAAACUUAGAGAAAGACCUAACGGUGUUAGUUUAGUGGGUUUAGCGUUGGGAACAAAAGUACUAACAGACACAGAAAUCAAAGAUCCUUUUAAUAAAAACAUUGGUGGUUUAGUUAACUUACAGGCCCUAAAUAGUGGCAAUUGGAAAGUAGAUGACGCCUAUGAUACUGGAAUAGGAACACAGUUUUCUGUUGAAACUAAUAAACGGGAUGAAGAUGAAGAAAUGAUGAAAUUUAUAGAAGUUGAACUCUCAAAAAGAAAAGGUAAAGAGAGGGAAAAUGAACGUCAGGAUGGCAAUAGCAAAUAUCAUACACCCGAAGAAAUAGCUCUACAGUCAGUACCCGAACAUUUAAGGGAAUCUUCAAAGAAACAAUCUGAAGAAAUGUUAUCAAAUCAGAUGUUAAGUGGUAUACCCGAAGUUGAUUUAGGUAUUGAGGCCAAAAUUAAAAAUAUAGAAGCUACAGAAGAAGCUAAACUUAGGUUAUUGUGGGAAAAACAAAAUAAGAAAGAUGGACCCUCACAGUUUGUUCCAUCCAACAUGGCUGUAAAUUUUGUACAACAUAAUAGGUUUAAUAUAGGAGCGAGUGAAAUUCCGCCAAAGAAAGCUAAAAUCGAAGAAAAACCGAAGAAAAAGGAUGAAAAAGCCACUGACGACUAUCAUUAUGAAAGAUUCAAAAAACAAUUUAAAAGAUAAUGUUAAAUGUUUUUAAAUAUAGUUUAAUCACAGAUACAAU